AUGGCGACCAUGACCGUGACCAUGCCGCCUUCUUCGAAGAAGGGCAUGAAGCCGAAGAACACCAGGCUUGCGCCAGAGAGCGAGCGCUUCAUGCAAGCAUGCUCAGAUAUCGCGAAUGCCCUCAUCCAAGAAUAUGAAUCGCAGAAGGAUUCCACGAAGCCCAAGAAAGACAUCAACCUCAACAAGCUGCGGGGCACCAUCGCAAAGAAGCAUUCUCUGGGCUCGCAGCCGCCACUCACGGCCAUCAUUGCGGCCGUGCCUGAACACUACAAGAAAUACAUUCUGCCGAAGCUGAUCGCAAAGCCUAUUCGAACCUCGUCUGGAAUCGCCGUCGUGGCGGUAAUGUGCAAGCCUCACCGAUGCCCUCAUAUCGCCUACACCGGUAACAUCUGCGUCUACUGCCCUGGUGGCCCGGACUCCGACUUCGAAUACUCCACACAGUCCUAUACCGGUUACGAACCGACCUCUAUGCGUGCCAUCCGCGCUCGAUAUGACCCGUUCGAACAAGCGCGGGGUCGAGUCGAUCAGAUCAAGUCCUUGGGCCACAGCGUGGACAAGGUCGAAUACAUUAUCAUGGGCGGGACCUUCAUGUCGCUGCCCGAGGACUACCGCGAGAAAUUUAUCUCUCAACUUCACAACGCGCUCAGCGGAUACCAAACGGACAAUGUGGAUGAGGCGGUGGAGGCAGGGGAAAUGAGCAAUGUCAAGUGUGUCGGUAUCACCAUCGAGACUCGGCCCGAUUACUGUCUAGAUACACACCUGAGCAGCAUGCUCCGCUACGGCUGCACCCGUCUGGAAGUCGGCGUGCAGAGCUUGUACGAGGACGUGGCCCGGGACACGAACCGUGGUCACACUGUGGCAGCAGUCGCAGAGACAUUCAAGCUAUCGAAAGACGCCGGAUUCAAGGUUGUCAGCCACAUGAUGCCUGAUCUUCCCAACGUUGGAAUGGAGCGCGAUCUGUUCCAAUUCCAAGAAUCUACCCCACCCUCGUCAUCCGAGGCACCGGUCUUUACGAGCUCUGGCGCACAGGUCGAUACAAGAACUACACCCCCCAACGCCCUCGUCGAUCUCGUCGCCCGCAUCCUGGCCCUGGUACCCCCUUGGACCCGUAUCUACCGCGUGCAGCGUGAUAUCCCCAUGCCGCUGGUGACUUCCGGCGUCGAGAACGGCAACCUGCGAGAGCUCGCGCUUGCCCGCAUGAAGGAUUUCGGCACCACCUGCCGUGACGUGCGCACCCGAGAAGUCGGGAUCAACGAGGUGAAGAACAAGAUCCGCCCGUCGCAGAUCGAGCUGAUUCGCCGAGACUACGCGGCGAACGGCGGCUGGGAGACGUUCUUGGCAUACGAGGAUCCGAAGCAGGACAUUCUCAUUGGUCUUCUCCGCCAGCAGACCAGUAUCGUCCGAGAGCUGCAUGUGUACGGCUCGGCUGUGCCGCUCCAUGGCCGUGAUGCGCGCAAGUUCCAGCACCGUGGGUUCGGUACGUUGCUCAUGGAAGAGGCUGAGCGCAUUGCGCGGGAGGAGCAUGGCAGCCGCAAGAUCAGUGUUAUCUCUGGUGUUGGCGUGCGUAGCUACUAUGCCCGACUUGGGUACACGCUGGACGGACCUUACAUGUCUAAGAUGCUGGACCCAUGGGAGGAGGACGAGGAGUAA